AACCUACACAGUGAUCCACAUUUAAUAGUGGCUGGGCUAAGCAGAUUUGAUGUUUGUCAAGGAUCUGUGGGUAACUGCUGGUUCCUGGCAGCCUUGGGUUCGUUAACAUUUCAACCAGACAUGCUGUACCAGAUUAUCCCCCAAGACCAAGGAUUUACACAGAAAUAUGCAGGGAUUUUCCAUUUUGUGUUUUGGCGGUUUGGAAAGUGGGUGGAUGUAGUGAUAGAUGACAAACUGCCAACUUUAGAUGGGAAAUACUUGUUUGUUUACCCAAGAAGCAAAAGUGAAUUCUGGCCAUCCUUGCUGGAAAAAGCGUAUGCCAAGUUGUGUGGCUCCUAUUCUAACAUGAAUUCUGGCUUAGUCGCUGAAGCUUUAAUGGACUUCACCGGAGGGGUCAAUAUCACGUUCAGUCUAAAGGAGCCAGUGGCAGAUCUUUGGCAGAUAAUGAAAAGAGCUGAAAGCCUGAAGUCCUUAAUGGCAUGUGGAACACCUCAAGGGAAAACACCACAAAACACAAUGCUGCCAAAUGGAAUAGUGGAAGGGCAUGCCUAUACAGUGACUGGUGUGGCUAAGGUGCAGUGUGAUCAACAAAUAGUGGAGUUGGUUCGAAUGUGGAAUCCAUGGGGCAAAGUGGAGUGGAAUGGCCAAUGGAGUGAUGGCUCUCCAGAGUGGAAUUACGUGGAUCCAGCUAUCAGACAUGCGCUAUGCAAUAACCGAGAAGAUGGAGAAUUUUGGAUGACGAUGAAGGACUUCAAAGCAAACUACGCAGAUCUGAAUAUUUGCAAUACAUCUCCUGAUUUUCUAAAUUCAGGGACUACUUGCAUGUGGGCCAAAUCUGUUCACAGUGGCAGGUGGGUGAAAGGAACCACAGCCGGUGGCUGCUUCAACAACAGAGAAACAUUUUGGAUGAAUCCCCAGUACCGGGUGACACUGACUGAUUCUUCUACACAGGAAGGCCUAACAACCUGCAAUGUUGUGGUGUCUCUCAUCCAGGAACCCACAAACAGAUUCAGACACCAAUCUGUAAAUAAAUAUAUAGGGUUUGCAAUAUACAAGGUGCCUCCUUCAUAUCAGGGAAUCAAUGAAAGACUACCAGCUGAGUUCUUCAUGACUGAACAAAUCAUUGUCAAAAGUAAAAGUUUUGUAAAUUCGCGUUCAGUUACUGAGAACUUUAUGCUGCAGUCUGGGGAGUACUUAGUUGUUCCAUCCACUUACAACCAAAAUGAAGUGGCCAGCUUUGUGUUAACCAUCUAUUCCAAGACCAAGAACUACACAGAAGAAAUUGGCUCCAAUCUAAAUUUAAAUAUUCCAAAGCAUAUCAAUUCUCCUCUUGAAGACAAUGCCCAUAAGAAGGUUUUUGAAAAAUAUUCUGAUGUGGACCAAGAAAUUGAUGCUGCCCAGUUGCAGAUGUUACUUAAUGAAGCAGUUCUGGGGGGUAAGACUUCAGUUUUUAAAGAUAUAUUUAAAUAUAUUUAAGAAGAUUGUACUUUA